AUGCAAACUAUUCAUGAAACUGUCACCCUUGCUAAUCAUGAUUUUCUUAUAGGAGCUCAUCAAAAACUUAUUCCCUCUGUAUACCUUGUCAUUGACCUUUCAGAUUCUAAUGAUACACUUCGCAAAGGCUACACAAGUUCUAAUACACAUAUAGCAGAUCUAAUUAAACUUACCAACCAAGAAUCUUUUACUAAUAUUUUUAAAAAUAAUAAUCAGGUUAAACCAAUUUGGGUUCUUCUCAUUGAUGAGAGGCCUGACAAAAAUCCUAGACAUCUGAAAAAUAUUUGUAGAUAUUGUAAAUUGUUUCAAUUUCUUGAUUUUGACUAUCUCAUACUAGAAAGGCAUACGCGAAUUUGUCAGUAUAGCCUCAAUAUUCAAAAAUACAAUGAUCUGACUUGUUGCCAUCCUAAAAGACAUAAAGAAUCUGCUGCUUUUCUUGCAGAAAAUGAUGAGUUUCUUCUACUAGUUUCAAAAAGCCAGAAUAGAUAUUACCUUAAUCCAGUUCAUAUCUUAUAG